AUGGAGGCUAAUAGUAGUGCACAACGAAAAUCAACAACUGAGGGCAUCACCACCGGGACUAAGCGUCGCCGCAUCCGACCGUCUCGGGCUCGCGGCUUGAGAACCAAGACAGGAUGUCUCACGUGCAGAGAGAGACGCGUGAAGUGCGACGAUGGUAAGCCCACAUGCAUGCGGUGCUCCAAGUCAGAUCGAGUCUGUCGAUAUGCCCAGAUCGCUGACCAGCGACAUGGAACCGGAGCCGGAGCCGACUAUGAGUCCCCAAGGGCGCAACUCGAUUCAAGAGGGGAGAGGGCUGAGGAGCAGCUGUCGAACGCUAGUACAGCUCCAUACUUUCAUCAGCCUACCUACUCAUCCCCUACCGAGCAACCCAACGGCUCGAUUGAGACGUCGCAGAAUGAUCGUCUGAACGAGGCCAAUGACCAGAGACUGCCCAGCAUUGACUCGGGAUUCUCAGCCUCUCCACUUUCAUUUAGUCAGGUUUCCCUGCUCAGCAUCUCCCCGUUCGAGUGGUACGACCUGCUAGCACGGGAUGCCAUCAGCAAUAUUCAACGGCUGAACGAUGCUUCAACGGGCGACCCACGAUGA